CCCGACGACGUGCCGGCUCCUUGCCGCGUCCGUGGGUUGGACGGGGCGAGCAUCCUUCAGAUCGCUGUCGGGCUCUUCCACACGCUGUUCCUGGUGGAGGAGGAGGGGACAGGGAGGGGGAUGCUCUUCUCUGCUGGAGCCAACGAGGUCGGGCAGCUGGGCAGGGGAGGCACGGACUUAAGGAUGAGCGAUCGGUCGCCCUGCUUGGUGCCAGCGCUCAGCGGAGAGAACGUGCUGUGCGUCGCCGCGGGAUGGGACUUCUCGCUCGCGAUCCUGGAGGGAGGGAAGGUGGUGGGAUGGGGAUGGGACAGAAAGGGGCAGCUGGGGAUGGGGAUACAGGUGGUGGAAGGGGCGGGCGGGUGUAAAGAGGGUUAUGAUAUGUUCUGCGAACCUCGAGUGAUCGAGCUGCCAGAGGAGCAAGGAGGCGCGGCGAGAGCGACAGUGGUGGCGUGCGGGUCGCUGCAUUGCAUGAUUGCGACGGAAGGAGGGAGACUGUACGCGUGUGGGAGCAACAGCAACGGGCAGUUGGGGCUAGGGGACAAGGAGGACAGGAGGAGGAUGACGAGGGUCAGCUUCUUUGACGGCUGCGAGAUCAGAAAAAUCGCAUGCGGGGACGAACACACUCUCGUCCUGCUCACCAACGGGACCCUGUUCGGGUUCGGCAAGAACCAGCUGGGGCAGCUGGGG